AGAUUAAUGUUCAGUUUGUAGGAAUUUUUGAUACAAUGCAAACACCCUAUUGACAGCGCCGUGGGGAAUCAAACGGCAGGUAUUUGCCCUUUUGCUGUGCUGAAAUAUCGAAAUCCGAUGUUUAUCCAAAAAAUCCGAAAUCCAGAUGUACUGGUACUAGCAUACUAGCAUCGUAGGCGAGCCCUGUUAUUUCAAACACAUGUUAUUUUAAAUAUCGAUAACAGAUCUCGACUGUUCCAUAUCGGUAUCUGUUCCAAAAUAUCUGUGACACGUAUUUCGUGUCAUCCCUAGCUUGGAGUCUUUGACAUUUACCAGUGGUGUAUCAGGUUAGGUUAGAAUAAUAAAAAAUUGCCAUUUUCAAAACAUGGGUAGAUUUUCUGCGAAAAUUUUUGGAUUAUCUGCAGACAUCCUAGAUGACAAGUACCUAACGGUGGUGCGUUAUUCUGACCGUGAGCUAUCUUUUUUGUAAAUAAUCACUGCCCUUCAGCUAAUGUAAAUGGACACCAACCAAACAUCAAGAGCGGGUUCUGAAGGGACCAGUGGUGAGGCUGAAGGAGAAGAACAAGAGGAACCAUCGUCGUCGACUCACCAGUUUGAGACUCAGCAUGUUGAAGAAGAGUUGGUUUCUUUUAGGACCAGAUGGAAGCAAGAAAUUGAAUCACAUCCAAAGAACAGAGAACAGGAAACAGUACCAAGCACUCCAGUGAAAGGCAUUGAACUGGAAGCUGAGGAGAAUAUUGCUAAAGGAUUUUAUAUCACAGGAACUGAAUUGGAAAAGGCUGGUAAAGUAUAUGAAGCCAUCCAAUAUUAUCGUAAGGCUGUACAACUUGAUCCAGACAUUGAACAUAAGAUUGAUUACAGACCUAGAUAUCCUUUAAAAGAUCCAGAGACUGAAAAUUCUGAAGGAAAUGUAGUGACUGACGAAAGUGAUAGCUCUGAGGAUUCUGAAGUAAUCGAAGAGGCGCAACUUUUGCAAAGGAUUCAAAAGAAGCUAUCCAAAGUUGGACAUUUCUGUAUACCAAAAUUCACACAAUCUACCACUCAUAUAUCGUCGUUGCCCAUAGAAUUACUAUUGUACAUUUUAAAAUGGGUUGUUUCUACCGACUUGGACUUGCGAUCUCUUGAAUUAUUCGGAUCAGUUUGUCGAGGAUUUUAUUUAUGUUCGCGCGAUUCUGAAAUAUGGAGGCUCGCUUGUCUAAGAAUAUGGGGUUUAAAUUGCAAUCUAACACCUGGCGAAUACGGCUCGUGGCGAAAUAUGUUUAUCGACCGACCUAGGCUGAAUUUCAACGGUGUCUAUAUUAGCAAAACCACUUACAUUAGGCACGGCGAGAACAGUUUUCAAGAUCAGUUUUAUCGACCUUGGCAUUUAGUGUCCUAUUUCCGAUAUUUAAGGUUUUUUCCUGAAGGAAUGGUGUUAAUGUUAACUUCGUCGGAUGACCCUGCACUGUGCGUUAAUCAACUGAAAACGCGUAAUGCUAGAGCACCUGUUAUGGUUGGAUAUUAUAGACUGAAGGAAGAUAAAGUUACUAUAGUCGUUCAAAGGCAAGAAACGACAAAGACUGUGCAAAGUGGUUUUAAAAAGGGCGGCAGAAGACGGGAAAUAGACAAUUCAGAACAAACAUUUCACAUCGAGUUAAAUAUUCAAAACCACAAAAAUCGCCGUCAUGUUAAGUUAGUUUGGUCUUACUAUUCGGUCUUAACACGAUCAAAACAGGGACACGAAAGCACCAGCAAUGUCGACCUAAUUGGGAAUCGUUUUACAAAUUUAUGGUUUUCACGAGUGAAGAGUUUUACGUCAGAGUCCGACCAACCCCUAAAUUGAUCUAUUUUUCUAUGUAUUUUUGAUGUAGAUAGAUAGAUUGACAUAUUUUACUAUAUUAACACUAUUUGGCUUCAUAAUAGGAAACCUGUUGUAAAUCUUUUUUGUCUAAUUAUAAGCCGAUUUAAAUUUUAAAA